UGUUGGAGCGGGGUCGCUUUGCAUCGAAGGCAGGCUCCAAGCCUCCAACACGACCACACUCGCUCGCUCGGCGCCUCCGCUACUUAAACAGCUUGCUCCACAGUCCAGUCCAUCCAGUCCAGUCCAGGGGCUCCAGCACGUAAGUACGACCUCCAGUCCAGUACAGGCUCCAGCACGUCGCUCGCCACAUCUCAGGCUAGCCACGUGGUUCAUGGAGUCUCCGCAAAAGAAGGCUGCAUCCAUGGACGGCAGCAAGAGCAAGACGCAGACGCCUCAUCUGCUGCCGGUGGCCGUGGCCAAGAAGACGCCACGUCCGGAUCUUGUCCGGUGGGUCAGCGCGUGGGCGCUCUUCACCGCCGGCGUCUUCGCCUUCUCCUUCGCCGUGGGCUCUGCAAUCGCCUACGCACUCGACCAUUUCCACGUCGCCUGCAGCCAGUCCUCCUUCUUCCUGCGGUGCGACCAGCUGACGGACGCGGCGGAAGCCGUGGUGAACGCCCUGGGGACCGGGAUGCUGUGCUGCGCCGCGCUCCAGGCGGCCGCGGCGGUGCUGGCGCUGCGUUUCCGGCGCUGCCGCCGCUCCCUCGCCUACCUCGCGCUCGCGCUCACCAUCGGCGGCCACUGCAUCUACGCCGCCAUAGCCCACCUCUUACUCGUCGCCGACCCAGGAGACCUCUUCUUCGGGAUCAGCUUUGCAGUGACCAUCGUCUUCUUCGCGGCGGGAGACAUCAUCAGCUUCCUGUACCUCCUCCUCGGCGGCGAGGACGAGGAGUAGGACUGGGAAGCAGGGCAAGCAGCGGAUCAUGUCCAUGGAUCAACUCCUGAGGUACUGAUAAGUGACUACUGAAUAACGAGUGCACUAAUGUAGAGUAUGCAUUAUGCUAGCUGCGAGCGAUUGAUCGAGUGCCGUAUGCGUGAACCGAAUCUACUAGUAGUGAUUGUAUGGAGUAUGUUAGUUUGUGCGUGUAGUGCAUGUGUUACCCUGAAUUGUGGCCGUCUUUGAUGCAGUACUAGUAUUCGACCUUUUUUCCAUAUAUAUGACCAGACGGACAUCAUUUAUAUGCUCAUUUACCCAGCUUCGUAUAAAUGAUGUUGGUGAGAUUGUCA